AUGGGCGCGCUGUCGCUCCUCGGCAAGGUCUACGACCUCGACACCCUCGACACUCGCUUCACCUCGUCCUCGUCCGUUCCCUACCAGAGCGUCAUUGACGCGCGUAGCGAUCCCGCAGCCAGCAGAGAGGCGGCAGCCAAGGCGCAGGCGCGUGCGCAGCCGCCGAAAUGGCACACUCCCGAGUUUUACCUCUACUAUGUGGUCUUUCUGCUGGCGGUGCCGACCAUGUUCUGGAUCCCGUAUACCGUCUCCCGGCCAUCGGAUCCGAGAUACCACAAGUAUGAGCGCUUCUUGUCCGACGGCUGGAUACCCGGCCGCAAAGUCGACCUCUCGGACGCGCAGUACCACACGUUUCGAGGCAACCUGCCGUACAUGGGGGCGCUGCUGCUCUUCCAUCCGCUGCUACGGAGGGUGUGGAACGCCGUCUACCAGCAGCCUGCGCGGACCUCGAGCGGAGCUGGGCGGCUGGAGCUGCGGGCGUCAUUCGACUUUGCGUUUGCAAUCAUCUUCCUCCUCGCGCUGCACGGCGUGUCGGCAUUCAAGGUGCUCGCCAUCCUGUAUGUCAACUACCAGAUCGCGAUGAAGCUGCCGCGGAACUACAUCCCCGCGGUGACGUGGGUGUUCAACAUCUCCACGCUGUUCGCCAACGAGCUGUGCGAGGGAUACCACCUGCAGUGGCUGGCUGCCCACAUCGCGUCGGCCGACUCUACGCUGGUGCAGUGGGGUGCGUGGCUGGAUGGCUUCGGCGGCAUCAUGGCGCGGUGGGAGGUGCUGUUCAACAUCACCAUCCUGCGGCUCAUCAGCUUCAACAUGGACUACUACUGGAGCAUUGACAAGCGCACGGCCAACGGGCUCGAGAAGAAGCAGCUAGACCCGGCCAACCUGUCGGAGCGAGAUCGCAUCACCAUCCCCGCCGACGUCCGGGACUUUACGUUUCGCAACUACGUCGCCUAUGCCGUGUACGCCCCGUUGUACCUGGUGGGGCCGAUCCUGACCUUCAACGACUACAUCUCGCAGCUCAAGCAUCGCGCGACCAGCAUCGAGGCGGCGCGGACGAUCCGCUACGGCGUGCGCUUCGUGCUUGUGUUUCUCGCCAUGGAGCUGGUGCUGCAUUUUGACUACGUGGGCGCUAUCAGCAAGGCGAACCCCGUGUGGGGCGAGUACACGGCGGCGCAGCUGAGCAUGCUGUCCUUUUUCAACCUGCACAUCAUUUGGCUCAAGCUGCUCCUGCCGUGGCGGCUCUUCCGCCUGUGGUCGCUCAUCGACGGCAUCGACCCGCCCGAGAACAUGGUGCGCUGCGUGAGCAACAACUACAGCACGCAGCUGUUCUGGCGCGCGUGGCACCGCUCCUACAACCGAUGGCUGAUUCGCUACAUUUACGUGCCGCUCGGGGGCGCGUCGUUUCGCAACUGGCGAGCCAUUGCGCGGUCCAUCAUCACGUAUCUGCUGGUGUUUACGUUUGUCGCGCUAUGGCACGACAUUCAGAUGCGGCUGCUCAUCUGGGGAUGGCUGAUUGUUCUCUUCAUGGUCCCAGAGUGGGCGGCGGCGGCGAUUUUCCCUAAACGCAAGUGGGAGAGCCGGCCGACCGAGUACAGGAUGCUGUGCUGUGUGGGCGCCGUGGCCAAUGUGCUGAUGAUGAUGGCGGCGAACCUGGUCGGCUUUGCGGUCGGGCUGGACGGCCUGGAGAGCAUCAUCAAGGGAAUCCUACAUGACUGGUCCGGUGUCAUGUUUUUGGUGGUGGCAUGCUCAUGUCUGUUUGUCGGCAUCCAGGUCAUGUUUGAGAUACGAGAAGAGGAAAAGCGCAAGGGAGCGACGCUGAAAUGCUGA